AUGCGCGGGUGGGGCCGGAUCUCCAGCCCAGAUGGCCACCACCGGCACACACGCUCCUACGCCGCUGGCGAGUCCUUCAUUUUUGGAAGCUCUAGCCGGCGCAUCGACCGCCCACCAGACCAUGGCAGCCUGUCGGCGGAGCGCACGCACAAGCUGUGUGGCGACUUCAUGGAGCAUGUGUACGAGGCGCUGCGACUCACGACGCACGGCACGCAGUGCGUCGCGCUGCAGUGGGCCGCGGGCGACCCGGAGCUGGUGAUCGCGGCCACCACCAGCAACUGCAUCGCCACCUACGACGUCCGCAACCUGACGCGCGUGAGCAGCCGCCAGCAUGGGCCGCGGCGCUGCAUGGUGGCCUUCAACCCGCAGCUCUCGCAUGCGGCUGUCUACGGCGACCCGAUGGCGCCUGCCAUCGAGUUGCAGCUCCUGCAUGCCAGCAAGUUUGCGUUUUUGGAGGGCCACAUGGCGCAGGUCAAGUGCUGCGCUGUGUCGGACGACGGCGCCCUCGUCAUCAGCGGCGACCGCGAUGGCCGCGCCUUCCUGUGGCAAGUGCAGCUGCCACCACCUUUGACCCAGCAGACGCCGCCGCCGCCGUCGCCGCAGCAGCAGCAGCAGCAGCAGCAGCAGCAGCAGCAGCAGCAGCAGCGGUUUCAGCAUGGGGCCGGCGCCGGCGCAGGCAGCAGCUGGGAGCCUGUCGUGCGGCGGCAUGUGUUGGAAGGGGGCCACACCGAGGGCGCAGGGAUAAAGAGCUGCUGCUUCUCGGCCGACGGCCGGUUCGCCUUUACUGGCGCCGCCGACGGCAGCAUCGCCAUCUGGGACGUCUCGGAAGGCUCGCCUGCGCUCGCCGCCACCAGCGUCCCGCGAGCGGCGCGGGCGGCGGCCUGCGGCAACCCGGGAGGCGCGGACGCUUCAGCCGCAGGGGACGGAGGCGCCGCUCGGACACCAUACAGCCAUCAGCAUGAUGAGAGCCAGCCGUCCCGACGCCAGACUCAGCAGGAGGAUGAGCUUGGCGACGGGCCGCUGCGGCUGCGGCCCCUCUCCUCUGACGCUGUUCUGUGCUGCUGCCUGUCGCCCGAUGGGGCCGUGCUCGCCGCCGGCGCCCGGGGCGGCCGGGUAGGCGUCUGGUCGGGCGCGGGGCGCGCGCUGCUGGAGCUGCCGCAGCGCCACGCGGAGGGCAGCAAGGUGCGCGCUUGCGCGCUGUCGCCGGACGCGCGCAAGCUUGUGACCGGCGGCGACGACGCGCGGGUCGUCCUAUGGGACCUCGAGCGUGGCGUCGCGCUGCUGACGGCAGCGGAGCACGUGCGGCCGGUGCGCGCGUGCGCUUUCAGCACGGACGGCCGCAGGGUCGCGACGUGCGGGGACGACAGCAUCAUUGUGGUGCUGGAUGUGGCGCUUCUGACGUGCUUCACAGGCUGCGGCAGCGGCGGCGGCAGCGGCGGCGGCGGGGCGGGCGGCCCGAGCGUGCGGAUGGGCGCGAGGCUCGCGGCCGCGCCGGGUGUGUGCGUGGACGCGGCCGAGGCUGAAGGCGGAGCGGGGGCCAAGGCUGCCGGCGGGGGCGGCGCAGCCGUGCGCGCCGUGACGGGCGGCGGCGGCGGCGGUGGCGGCGCGGUGCCGGGCGGCCCCCACCCGAUGCUGCAGCGGGUGAGGGUAACGGACGGCGAGCGGCUGAUGGCGUGCUCUCUGGUAGAGCCCCUGCACAUCCCGCCGCUACCUGCAUCUCUGGGUGUCCUCGGCCAGGAGUCGCCGCCGACGCUGCAGCAGGGGCGGAACGGGGCGCCCGCCACGUGCUCUCAGCCGGUGCUGUGCAUCGAGCAGGGCGGGCAGGUCCAGGUGCUCCCAGGGGGCCGCACCCUGCCGCAGCCCGGCCCCGUCGCAAGCGCCGGCACCAUCUCCUGCUGCGCCGUAGACGGGGACACCGUGGCGACCGCGCGCCACGACGGCAGCGUGUGCGUCGCCAGCUGCGAGGCGGCGCUGGCCGCGGCGGGUGCCAGCCGCGCGGGAUCCCCCGAUACCGACGGGUUCGAAGGGGUGCUGCGCGCCGGGGCCCCGCCCGCCGCGCCCGCGACCCUGCGCCUCGAGAUGGUCGCAUUCGGCAUCUCCCUCAGCUGCCAGCUGGGGCGCGUCGCCGUCGCCGGCAGCGAGCGGAAGCAGCCGCAGGCGGGCGUGCUAUACCUAUGGGAGUGGGACCCAGUGGACUGGUUGGCGGGCGGCGGUGGCGGGGAGCGCCUGGGGUCGCCGCGGGCGGCGCGGGCCGCGUCCGCCGGCGGCCGCGCGGCGUCGGCGCUGAUGCUCGCGUCGGGCGAGAGCCGGCUGGGCGGCGGCAACGGCGCGGCGACGCCAAGCAGCGACGGCGGCGGCGCGGGCGGCGGCCUGGGUGGUGGCAGCGGCAGCGGCGCGGGCGGCGGAGCCGCCGGCGCAGCGGUGGGCGGGUUGCUCGCGAAGCGGGACAAUCCGCUGAAGGUGGUCUCGACGGCGGAGGGCGGCCCGCUGCUGUGCUGCGCGUGGGCGCCGCGCGGGGAGUGCGCGAUGGUGGUGGCGGGCAGCUCGGCGGGGUGGCUGGUGGUAGUGGACCUUACGAGGGAGGAGGACGACGCGCAGAAUCGCUACCAAAUCCACGGCUGCGGCGUCUCCGCCGUCAACCUCUCCGCCGGCGGCGACCUGGUCGUCUCCGGCGGCACCGACGGCGGCGUCGUGGUUUGGGCGGCGGCGACGGGGUUCCCGCUCCACAAGUUCUCGCUGCACUGCGCCGGGAUCUGCAGCGUGAAGUUUAAUGCAGAUGCCACCUUGAUCGCCGCCGGGGACGGCACCGGCGUCGUCAGUGGCUGGGACGUCCGCAGCGGCGCGCUGGUCGCCGCUGCGCCGGUGCACGACCAGGCGGCCGCCGACUGCCGGUGGAGCGCUCAGGGGGACGCGCUGGUGUCUUGCGGCUACGACGGCCACGUCGACGACGGCGUCAACGCGGCGUAUGCGCUGGCGUUCCAGGGGCUGUAUCGCUCCUGCCAGAAGCGCUCCAACAAGCUGCACCGCCUGGAGGGCGCGCUGACGUGGCACAUGGCCCGCGGCGCAAUACAGAGCCCCGCGGUGCUGCAGCAGCUGGUGCAGCUAGCGGCCGCCGACGGCAACGCUCCCGCGCUUGGCAUGCUUCUGGCCAUGUUCGAACGCACCCCCUGGCUGGUCCACUUCGGCCCCUUGUGCUCUGACCCCUGCGGGGGCGUCGCCGCCGCUGCCUCCCGGGACCGCGCCGGCGUGCCCGAGACGCCCCCUGCCCUGGCCUGCCCCAGCGGCACCCUCAGCCGCGCGGGCGCCAGCCGCAGGGGCGCGCCCCUCGCCGCCGCCGCGGCCGACGCAGCAUCGUUCGCAAACGCCGAGGCCGCCGCCCCGGCGCAGCGCGACGGGCGGGAGGCGCCGGCGCCGCUGGCGCGGCGGUCCGUCACGCGCUGGGCGGGCCUGGCGGCCGCCACGCUCGUCAGUUUUUCGCCCAUCCAAGACAUCCGCGCCCUGCUGGCCCAGUCCCUGCCCGCCCCGCCCCCCGCCCGCGGCGUAAACGCGGCCGCGGCCGCCGCGCCGGGCGCCGUCGCGGCCGCGGCGGCGGCCUGGGAGCGCCGCGGCGCGGUGUCGCCGGCCAACACGGCGGAGGCGGUGUCAGAGGGCGGCGCCAGCUCAGCGACCUCGACGCCCUCGCGGCUGCUGAGCCCGGCGGUCAGCCAGAAGGCGCGCGCGGCCGCGGCGCUGUCUGGGCUGGACACGCUGCAGGCGCGGCGGAUGGGCGGGGAGGAAAGUGGCACACCCACAGCCACCCACGUGGCGGCGCACCCUGACAGCCCCCACCCGCGCCCCGGCAGCCCGCUGCAGCGCCCAAGCAGCAGCGAGCCCGGCAGCGACUCGGCGCGGGGCCAGCUGGCGCCGGAGGGGUCCCUGAGCAAUGUUGGCGGCAGCAGCAGCGUCGCAGGGAGCUUUGGGGCUUCGUCCGUGGGCACGGCUUCGGCUGCAGCGGCAGCACUUGCGAGUGCAGGAUCUUCGGGCCCGCCGCCGGCAAGCCUCAACUCCUCUGGGGGAGGCGGCGCCGGGUGCGGCGCGGCGGAUACGAGGCCGCCGCCGCCGGCGCCGCCGUUACCGCCGCAGUGUCGCAGCUCUCUGUUGCGGGACCUGUCGCGGCGGCGAGCGGGGCUCCUCACUUUUGGCGUCGACCGUGGCAUGGGUGGCUGCGGCGGCAGCGGCAGCGGCGGCGGCGCUGAGAGUGAGUCAGCAGGGUCAGGCAGUGUAUCGCUACCCUCGGCCGGCGCGACCCGCCCAGACCCUUCCACAUCCCGGGCGCCCGGCGGUUGCUCACCGGGCGAUGUGGGUUCAGGAUCUCUGGCGGCGCGGGCGGAAGACGAGGAGGCGCAGGGGCUGUGCGAAGCGGAGAUGGUGCAGGUCGAGGUCCGCGGGCCCUCACCCCUCGCGGCUGCGCCGCCCGGCCGCCGCAGCCGCGCCAGCGGGGACCGCCCCGCCGCCCCGCACGGCUGGGAGGGGGCCGGCAGCGCCGAGCCCGACGCCGGGAUGCGGCGGCUGUCGAGCUUCGGCGGCGGCGGCGCGCUGCGGCCGAGCGGCGGGCUGUCGCUCUCGCUGCAGCGCGGCGUGAGGGCGCUCCUGCGAUUCGGGAGCCUGUCCGCAAACCCGGCGCAGCAGCCGGCGUUUGCAGACGCUGCGGCAGGCGGCGGCGGCGGCGGCGGGGCGUCUCUGCGGAAGGAGCUCUCCGAAGGCGGCGGCCUCCUGCACGACGGCGGCGCCAGCCGCGGCGGCAGCGGCGGCGGGGGCGGCGGCGGCGGCGACGCGUUCCGCGGCCUGGUCCACAGCGUGUCGUACGCCGCAUACACGCGCGAGCCCUCCUUCGCGCCGUUCGCCGCCGGCGCCAAGCCCGGCCACGCGCCGCUCAACGCCCUCCGCCAAGCGUCCCGCGCCGCGCUCGCGGUUUCCAGCGCCGCCGGCCGCUCCGCGACUGGCGGCGCGGGCGCCGCCGCCGCCCCUGGUGGCAGCCUGCUGGUGCGCGGCGGCGGCGGCGCCGGGCAGCGGCACGGCAAGCACGCGGCGCGUGGGGACGACCUGCUGCGGCUUGCGGUGGGCAGCCAGCAGGCGCAGUGCGUGCGGAUUGUGGUGGACGGGCUGGUGGCGGGGCGGUUCAGCAGGGCGAGCGUGAUGGGGCACCUGUACGACGCGAUGCAGGUCCUGGUGCACGACACGCAGCACAAGCGGCUCUGCAGGCGCCUGCUGAAGCACCUGCCCAUGGUGGACACCGGGGAGGUGGAGGUAGACUCGGCGCUAACGCGCCACGCGCGUGCCAUCUACAAGUGCUCAGAGCACGGCAACCCGGCGCGGCUGUGGGGGUCUGUCGCGUCGACGCAGCAGCCGCUGCUGGAGGCCCUGGACGUCCUCAUAAAGCGCGCCAGCUGGCGCGACUCGAUCGUGGCGCUGCUGCUGAUGCCGGUCAUCAUAGGGCUGCGGCAGCUGGGGGCCGCGUGGCUGUGGGUCACGCGGCAGCAGAUGCGGACAAAGGACCGUGUCCUGGUGGUGGCGGCCAGCAAGCUGAUCCCCGUGAAAGACGCGGCCAUGAUCCGCCCAGGGCGUGGCAACCUGCUCAGGCAGCUGGUCAGCGCCAACACGGACGCCGACCUGUAUGGGCGCGACCUGGUGCGUGCCAUCAUCGACGUCAAGUGGGACUCGUUCGCGCGCGCAUUCCUGCUCAUGCAGUUUGUGCAGUUCCUGGUGUUCAUGGUGCUCUUCCUCAUCUACCUCGCCUUUGCAGUGUACUACAACGACCCCGCCUGGACAACUGCGCAGAUGGUGCGGCAGCCGGCGGGGCAGGCAGCGGUGGUGCUGGAGUGCGUGCUGGUGGUCAUGAUGUGCGGCCAGGCCGCUGACGAGCUGAAGCAGAUGGUGACGUACAAGCGCGAGUACUUUAACUCCCCCUGGAACUACAUGGACGUCGCCUCCUGCGUCAUCAUAGCCGUGCUGUCCCUGCUGCACGUCACGCGCCUCAACCACCAGGCGUUUGUGGUGCUGGUGGCGCUGGAGGUGCUGCUGCUGUGCCUGCGCAUGCUGUACUUCUGCAUGGCCUACGAGCACUUUGGGGCGCUACUGAGGAUGGUGCUCAUCGUCAUCAAGGACAUGCGGUACUUCUUCGUGCUGCUGGCCUUCAUGCUCUGCUCCUUCGGCCUCACCUUCAGCGUGCUGCUGUCCACGCCCAGCGACAGCCAGCGCCGCCUGCCCAUACUGAGCAUCCUGGGGGAGAGGAUUGCGCUCAACAGCACCACCGGGCCGGAGGUGUUCGGGUCCUUUGAGGACUCCAUCCUGCAGCUCUUCACCGUGAUGAUGGGCGACCUGCAGUACGACACGCUCAAGGGCAUCCUCAAGCUCGACACGGUGGCGGCGCGCCUCGCGGUCACGCUCGCAGCCUGCUACGGCGUGCUGGUGCUGAUCGUUCUGGUCAACCUGCUGAUCGCCAUCGUGGACGAGACCUAUGGCGUUGUCAAGGAGAGCGAGGCCGAUCAGAUCCUGCGCAACAAGGCUCUCAUCAUUGAUGAGAUUGAGAGCACCCUCACAGACAAGUGCAUCCAGGAUCUCAACAGCAGGCGAGGGGGGCUGGAAAUUUGGGGCCAGCCUGGGGUGCACUUUUUAGCAAUCCAGCGGGCGCUGUGA